GCGCAUCCGCUUGUGCCGGGCGGCGGCUGGGUAGCAGCGCGUAGCUGGGGCGUCAGCUGUUUGCUGGAGCAUAAGAGGGCGAGAGGGGCGGGGUUGGCUCGCGACGUUUCCGCGGUGGGUGCGCGCGUGCCCGGCUGCCUGGGGAGGGGGACCCGGCGCGGGCGGGCAGGGAAAUGGCCGAGACCAUCGCGGACACCCGGCGGCUCAUGAGCAAACCACAGAGCCUGAACGACGCCUACGGGCCGCCCAGCAACUUCCUCGAGAUCGACGUGAGCAACCCGCAGACCGUGGGGGUCGGCCGAGGCCGCUUCACCACCUACGAGAUCAGGGUCAAGACAAACCUUCCUAUUUUCAAAUUGAAAGAGUCUACAGUCAGAAGAAGAUACAGUGACUUUGAAUGGCUGAGAAGUGAACUUGAAAGAGAAAGCAAGGUUGUGGUACCAUCCUUACCUGGGAAAGCUCUCCUCCGUCAGCUUCCUUUUAGAGGAGAUGAUGGAAUAUUUGACGAUUCAUUUAUAGAAGAAAGGAAGCAAGCUCUUGAGCAGUUUAUAAACAAAGUUGCUGGCCACCCUCUAGCGCAGAAUGAACGCUGUCUUCACAUGUUUUUACAAGAUGAAGUAAUAGACAAAAACUACACGCCGUCCAAAAUAAGACAUGCCUGAAUGCUCUAAAUAUCCACUCAAAGUAAAUGUUAGUGACUAAUGCACUUGGUUUCAAAGGUUAUAGUUAAGCAUGCAGCAGAUACAGGCACAAUAAGCCUCCUCUAUACUAACAUGAGUACACAGCUCAGUUUUUGCAUUUAUUUUGUCAGUAAAGAACUAAUUUGCUUUAGCUAAAUCACUCCAUGAAUCUCUUAUCAUUAUAAUAGCAUUGAAGCUAUUUAGAGUCCAUCUGCACUACUAGUGGAGUAUUUUCAACUCUUAGCAAUGACCCUAACACAGUUUACUGAGUUGGCCUUACUUGGACUAACACUGUUCCAGUGUCACACAUUCACAUGCAUUUAAUUAAAUCACUUAACUGUAUCUUGUUAAAAUAACUACUAUAAUCGUCUAACUUGUGUAAUGACCCAAGGCAGUCUGUUUCAGAGAUCCCCAUGUUCAAAAUGCACUUCUGCAAUCGUCUUCAAGCUUGUAAAACACUUUAUAUUGAAAAAUGAGGGAAUUAUCUUUAUAUUCUGUAAAGAAAUCAAAUUUAUAUACUAAAAUUUGUGAAGUUUUGAAAUAAAAGUGAAAAUGCA